CGGGCUGCAGUGCACACCGAGAGGCACAGCAACAUGCAGAAGACUUUGUGCCUUGCUCCAGACAGCACCAACAUGAAUGAGCGCAUGAACACCACUGAAAUCUUCGAUGGCAUCCGCUACCCGGGGUACGUGCACACCCAGGAGUCCCUGAAAGCGGCUUGUUCUUUCCAGUUCGAGGACACAGACAUCGUCUUGGUAACGUUCCCCAAGUCAGGUACCACCUGGAUGCAGCAGGUUCUGAGCCUUAUCUUCUGUGAGGGCCACUUGUGGCCUAUUCACCACCUCCCCAACUGGUCCCGCAUGCCCUGGAUAGAACAGAUCUCCUUCAGUGUCCUCUUUCCCAAGCGUAACACUUCCUGGCCUCGUAUGUUCACCUCGCACCUGACUGCCAAAGGGCUAUCCCCAGCUCUGUUGAAGGCCAAGACCAAGGUGGUGUACAUGGCCCGGAACCCCAAGGACGCUCUGGUUUCUUUCUACCAUUUUCACCGAAUAGCCGGCUUCCUGCCCAAUCCCAGCUCCUUUGAGGACUUUGUGGAUGAGUUUCUCGAGGGCACAGGCUUCUACGGCUCCUGGUUUGACCAUGUGAAGGGGUGGCUAGACCUGCGGAAGGACCUAAAUUUGCUUUUUGUCACCUAUGAGGAGCUGUACCAGGAGCCUCGCUGUACCAUCCAGAAGUUAAGUGACUUCCUGGGGCGCCCCCUGGGGCCAAAAGAGGAGGACACCAUACUGGAACUCAGCAGCUUCUCCUUUAUGAGUCAGAGCAACAUGGUCAACUACAGCCUUUUGCCCAAGGAGAUCAUGGACCAGAGCCAGAGCAAGUUCCUGAGGAAAGGUGUUGUGGGGAACUGGAAGGAACACUUUACUCCUGAGAUGAAUGAAAAGUUCAACGCUGUCUACCAGUCCAAGAUGAGUGACUCUGGCCUUUGUCUCCCCUGGACCAUGGACUGACCCUUCUGACCUAUGUAGCACAUUCACACGGGCCUGUCCUGCCAUGCUGCGACCCUGGUCUAGCCUGUCCUCCUCCUGUGUUAUAUCCCUGGUCUAGCAAUAA